AUGUCCAAAUUCUUUGAGAACGUCGCACCGCCCUACGCGUCUCUCCAUACUUUUGCUUCGCUUCAGAAGUAUAUUUUAAAUCAGAAUCGCCAACGUCUUCACUCGUUUGCCACCGGCUACAAAUUCAAAACGGAUGGUUCGUCAGAUGUCUACACCGAGGAGCAGACAAUUCAGAUGUUUUUAGAGAAAUCUGAUCAUAAACUUCGAAUGUACGGAUCGCCACGAGAGUUCUCCGAGCAGCUGAAAAUAUUCAGAAACUUCACCGGAAGUCAUAUCUAUCUCGAUCUCAAAAAUUAUGAAUCGUAUUAUACGACGCCAAUGAUGUAUCACAGUUUGUCGGGUGACGAAUACAUUUGCAAAUCGGAUCUCUUCGCCUACCUCCAGAAUCUGUCGAUUCGAGUGCACAAAGAUUUGAACGGCGACAUUUUCAUGCAAUUUCUAUCGAUUUAUCUGAAAGCGAAAGAACAAGAAAUGUGUGGAAUGCGUGUGGAUUUUGUAGCAUUUGAUCCGAAAGUUUUCGAGGAAAUUGAGCGGGAAUUCGAGGAGAGUAUGCAGAUUUUGAUACAGAGUAAACGCGAUGAAAGUUGUGGACCAAGCGUCGUCGUUUCCGACUAUACCCCGACGGAAGUUUUCAAUAAACUAAAAGAGUUGGUGCCGGUUGAAUGGACACAAAAAGAAAUCGAUUAUGUCCAACUUCAUUUGACAAGUGUGACGAGUAUUAUGACGGUAGAUCAAAUCGAAGUGGCACUCGAUUGGCUUUAUUUUAAUAUUCAACGAGUUAUUGAGACAUACGAUCAAAUUAUGGAGAAGAGACCGGACAUGUUUUAUAGUAGUGUGACUGGCGACAAUACGAUCCGAUUAUUUGAAGAUGGAUCACACUCAUUCGUAACUGUAUACGAAACGUUCACAUCGGUGAAAGCGGAACUCCACGGGGGCGAUGAAAGAUUCUCUAAAAUCAUGGAUUUGGAAUGGGCGAGCGAUUUCAUGAAAUCCUUUCCCAACGAUAUCGUGUUCAUUCGAGUGCCCAUCCGACGUGCCAAACAUAGAGCCGUCCCGAUUCGUGGUCCGAAACCCGAUGAAUUCUCGAUUCUGGCGGUGGACGCGUUGUUCGAUCUGUUGAAACAGAUGAUUUUCGGCGUAAAGUUGUUCCAGAAUGGGAAAUGUGUGGAAAAGAAUGUGGCGGAGCUGUUUAAACGAUUGGAGAGAGGAUUUAUGCUGGAGACGAACCGUCCAUACCUAAUUAAUCUGAAACAUUGUGAUCUCGUUCUGGAAUCGCUAACCGAUCAGAUGACCGAACUAUCGAAGAAAUGCAAUCCCGCUCCACUGAAAGACGUGCGGAAUGCAAAGAAAGACGGAUUCACGGUGGAGAAUCUGAGGAACGAGUUGAGACAUCUGAAUCUUCUGGAAAUGUUUCCAGAAAUUCUGGAUUAUGCUGGAAUUGUGUAUGAAUGGGUUGAUAAGAUGAAGAAUGAGGACGUUUUGAGGACCAGUGACCUGUUCGAUGCGGUGGAGAUGUGUCAGCUGAUUUGUAUAUUCAAGAAUUAUCCCAAACUAAAGGCGUUCCUGCACACUCAGAAAGGAUGUGGACGAGUGUUGACACUAGAAUGCGAUUCGUGUGAUGGAGCACAGCGAACGGAGGCUUCAGGGAUUCAGAAUCCUAAAUCAGCGAUGAAAUCUGCAUCGGAAUCUCCAAGUCUUCUGAAUCCCCCGGCGUCUUCAGAAGCUUCUACUCCGGAAGUUGUCGAAUCGCCAGAAGAAUCAAAGAAUUCCACGUCAUCUAUUUCGGUGGAUUCUGAAUCUCCAGGCUUUCUGAAUCCCACGUCAUCUGCUUCUGAAGUUGCUCUUAAGCCGAAAAAGAAUCAGAAGUCUUCUGAAGUGAUUUGUGAGAAAAAUGACACUUCUGAAGUUUUGGGGAUUCUGAAAGAGACAGAAUCUGUUUCUGCAAAUUCUGAAUCUCCAGUUGCUGAAGUUGAUCUUAAGCCGAAAAAGAAUCAAAAGAAGGCUCUAGAAUCCGCUAAGAAUCAGAAGUCGUCUUCAGAAGCCCCGCCCCUUCCGGCUCCAAAAAAGGAGUCUGCGAACUGUGUAAAGUGUUAUCGAACGUGUGAAAUGUUGAAUGAAACGAAGAAAGAGUUGAAAUCAACACAGAACAAGUUGGCGAUGUACGAGAAGAAGAAUCUGGAAAUGGAUAAAGAGAAAAAGAAGAAAAAUGAGAGAAUUCUCGAAGAGCAGGAAGAGAAAAUAGCCAAGCUACAGAAGGGUCUCGAAGCGAAAGACCAAGAAAUCGUUGAGACGAAGAAGCGGAAAGAGAGAGAAAUGGAGCAAACGAUUGGGGAAUUCGAGAGGAUUCUGGAGGCGGAGCGUAUGAAAGUUGUGAGAAAAGAAGCGGAGCAUGCAAAUGAGAGACAGAAAUAUAUGCAAAGUUUGGAGGGGAAACAGAAGGAAAUGGAAGAGAUGAAAAGAAAACUCGCGUCCGCCACCAAAGAGUUCCAUCAAAACCAAAAAACCGCAUCCCAGUCGUUUCUCAAUGAAAAAUCGGCAUUCCAAGCGCAAAUCGCAAAGCUCGAACGUGACGUCAUCAGUGAGAAGCAACAAAUGCAACGAGUCGAGCAGAAGUUGCAGGAAACAAUGAGGAAGCUGAGUGAUAAAAAAUCUGGUGGAUUCCACGUGGAAAUUGUACGAUUGAAGGCUGAAAAUGAGACGAAGGAUCGGAUGAUUCAACAGUUGAUGGAUAGGCUUGCGAAUUCUGUGCCUAUUGGAACGACGACGACGACGUCAGGAAUUCAGAUUCAGAUUCAGAAUCCGAUGCCAGAAAAUGUAUCCACGUCGUCACCAUAUCUACAGUACCCCGAUACUCCAGCGUUCGAAGAACCGUAUCUACAGUACCCCGAACAGCACCGCUGGGAGUCAUAUGACUAUGAGAUGCCUUACGCAGAGUUUCAGAAUCCUAUGACGUCUUCAGAUGCUUUUCAGAUUCCUUAUAUGGAACAGCAGCCAGAGAUUGAGAAUCUCCCGACGUCUUCUGAGUUCUAUGCGCCAGAAGCGUAUAGUGAAAUGGUUUAUUAUGAGGCUCCGGCGUCAUCUGGCGCGGAAAUCCCCGCUUCAGAAGUCUCGACGCCUUCUGACGUUUCUCCAGAAUCUAUUCCAGUUGUGGAAGUCGUGAAAGCAACAAAGAAUCCUGCUCCAGAAUACCCGGAUUCAGAAUGCCCGAUUUGUCUCGUUGAAAUGAAGCGAAAAAACAAAAAAAUCAACUGUAAUCAAUGCAAGAAACAGUUUCAUUCUCAUUGCGCCUCGAAAUGGCUGAAAGUGAAGAGCGAGUGUCCGGCGUGUCGUGGACGUCUUCUGGACCCUAACGAGUUUCCGUCGCUGUCAUAG